CUGCAGGCAACUGAAGUAUCACAAUAAUGGCUAUCCUGAAUCAUUUUACGACAGCAUGCUGGAAGAAUUUGCAAUGCAACCGGCUAAAUAAGCAGCUGUUUUUUAUUUUACGCACCUUGCACAAGUCAGCAGCCAGCAAGGAAUUUGGGAUCUCAGCGGAUGGAGAAAAGGCCAUGCCUGAAAGAUUGAUCACACCGGCGGAUGUUGACAUGAAAACCAAAAUCAAGUCCCUAAAGGAGAUGCCAGGACCCAGUGCCCUAUCCAACUUAAUGGAGUUCUUCUGGAGAGACGGGUUCAGCAGAGUUCAUGAAAUUCAGAUGGAGCACAGGAAGAAGUAUGGCAAAAUAUUCAAAUCCCGUUUUGGGCCCCAGAUGGUGGUCUCAGUGGCAGACCGUGACCUGGUGGCUGAGGUGCUGAGGGCUGAGGGUGUGGCCCCUCAGAGAGCCAACAUGGAGUCCUGGAAGGAGUACAGGGACAUGAGAGGGCGUUCCACUGGCCUCAUCUCAGCUGAGGGAGAUGAUUGGCUAAAGAUGCGGAGCGUGCUCAGGCAGCUUGUCAUGCGUCCCCGGUGGCUCCGACCGGUCAUUCCCAAACCAUGGGAGGAGUUCUGUCUCUCCUGGGAUGGCCUCUUCAAAUUCAGCAGUAUUCACGUUGAUAAGAGGCUCACAGAGAUUAAGGCCCAGCUGGAGCGGGGAGAGGAGGUGAAGGGGGGACUGCUCACACACAUGCUCAUUACCAAGGAGAUGAGCACUGAGGAGAUCUACGCCAAUUUUACGGAGAUGCUACUGGCCGGGGUUGACACGACAUCCUUUACUCUUUCAUGGGCCAGCUACCUGUUAGCUCGGCACCCUCAUAUACAGCAGCAAAUCUUUACAGAAGUGACAGAGACCCUGGGACCUGGCACAGUUGCCACAGCAGACGAUGUCCCUCGUCUGCCUCUCAUCAGAGGGCUGGUCAAAGAGACACUCAGGUUAUUUCCAGUUCUCCCUGGCAACGGACGGAUAACCCAGGAUGACAUGGUGGUGGGUGGAUACUUCAUCCCCAAAGGGACUCAGUUGGCCCUUUGUCAUUACUCCACAUCUUUUGAUGAAGAGAACUUUGGUGACGCUUCAGACUUCAGACCCGAUCGCUGGAUACGGAAAGAUUCCACAGAUCGUGUCGACAAUUUUGGCUCGAUUCCCUUUGGCUACGGCAUCAGGAGCUGCAUCGGCAAGAGAAUAGCAGAGUUAGAGAUGCAUCUAGCUCUCACAAGGCUCAUUCAAAAGUUCCACAUUAGCGUGUCUCCGCUUACUACUGAUGUCAAGGCCAAAACCCACGGCCUGCUCUGCCCUGCUACCCCCAUCCACCUGCAGUUCAUCGACAGGGAAAACUAGACUCAGACUCCUCUCCGUAAUGUUUACUGUGCUUUGAUUUUAAAGCACUGAUUUGUGUGUCUUAC